AGGUGAAUAAAAUCUUGAUAUUGGCGAAGGGUGGUUUCCCCCCUCCUCUUUAUUUACAUGCUUUUCAAACUAAUGUCGGGAGUCUCGGAAAGCUUUCGUAUCUUUGUAGCAGAAAUGUCGUGAGCUGAUGAUUAGAUAGAGGUUUUUCUUAAUGUGUGGGUUUGCUUUUGUUUGUCUUUCGUGUCUGAUUGUUUUUAGAAGAGAGGGAGAAAUAGAAAGAAAGAAAGAGAAAGAAAGAAAGAAAGAAUAAAUGAAUUAAUGAAUGAAUGAAUGAAUGAAUGAAUGAAUGAAUUGAACUUACAAACUUUCCUAAUAGUUUCCUGGGCUAUCCAAUUGGUGUUUUAUUUUAACCCCAAAUGCAAAAUUUUGACCCGAGGAGGGAUAAGGACUCCGAAACGAGUUACUCAUUGCCUAAUUGCACGCCGCCCCAUCUAUAUACUAGGGUAACUUUGGAUUGACCCCGACCACAAAGGCGAACCAGGUCCCUGGUAGGCGGGGUUGCUGGGGCGUUUGAUGCUGGCUCCUGAUUUUCCUGCCCUUUUCCUGAAUAUCCCGGGGCUGGGCUCGCCUAACUGCCUCGUUUCCAUUUUCCUGCCCCCGCCUAAACGACGCGAGCCUCUCUGGCGGCGCCUUACCUUGUUCAAUCAAAGGGCAUCCCAAGGUUAGAAAAGGCAGGGGAGACAAAGGGCACCCUUCACCUGGGUGGGGAAGCCUGGCGGGCGGAGAGGGGAGAGAAAAGGGGGAUCGGAUGGAGGGGGCCACCCUGCCCUGGGAGGGGUGGGCUGGCCAUCGAUGGAGGAAUCGGGGGUUUUAGGGGUUCGUAAACCCGCGCGGGGCGGGGGGGCGGGUAGCAACGCACAACACGCGGGUCCCCCUUGAUUCCCGGUUCGAUUAUUGAGUGAAAUUUGAGGAAAUUGUGGUUGUACACAACAAAUCCGGCGAUAAAGCCCCGCAGCCUCCCGAUUGGCUCAGCCAGUCACGUGGGCGCCCAACUUUAUUCAGUUGACAGCAAGUAGGAGGGCCCUCUGGAAGGGGGGAGAAAAAAAAAGACAGCGCCAGAAAGGGGGAAAAAAUUAGUAUUUUCCAUCUCCCGAAAUUAAUGGCCAUGAGUUCGUAUAUGGUGAACUCGAAGUACGUGGACCCCAAAUUCCCCCCUUGCGAGGAGUAUUUGCAGAACAACUACCUGGCCGAGCAAGGCUCGGAUUACUACGGCGCCUCGCCGGACCCGGAUUUCCAGCACCAGGGACUCUACGCGCGGCCGAACUACAGCGGGCAGCAGCCCUACAGCUGCGGCAAUGGCCAGGGUUCGGCGGUGCAAGCGCGGGGUCACGGGCAGGAGCAAGCCGGCCUGACGGGGCCUUUUCCCGGGCAAGGGGAGCACUGCCCCCCGGCCCCCGUGCCUGCCACCAGGACUUGCAGCCAGCACCCAAAUCUCAAAAGCCCCAACGGGUCACCCGCAGCAGCAGCAGCCGCAGCAGCCAAGCAGCCAGCCGUGGUGUAUCCCUGGAUGAAGAAAGUCCAUGUUAACUCUGUAAACCCAAACUACACAGGAGGAGAACCAAAGCGCUCCCGCACAGCUUAUACCAGACAGCAAGUCCUUGAACUGGAAAAGGAAUUUCACUUUAACCGGUACUUGACCAGGCGCCGCCGAAUUGAAAUCGCCCAUACGUUGUGUCUCUCCGAGCGGCAAAUUAAGAUCUGGUUUCAGAACCGAAGGAUGAAGUGGAAAAAAGACCACAAACUCCCCAAUACCAAAGGCCGCACAUCCAGUUCGUCCUCCGCCUCCAGCCAACACUUACAAACUGUUUCCAAGGAACACCAAACGGAUUUGACUACUUUAUAGGAAACUUGGAAACAA